CAAACUGACUACCCAAUUCCUGCUACGUGACACCCCAUCAUCAUCUUCAUCAUGCCACAACUCCAUUCUCUCUUCAUUCCCUCCUCAUUCUCCAAUAGCUUAGCCGCUCUCACUCCAAAGCCAUCAAAUCUAUGUAAAGCCUUCCAUCAUUCUACCGAGCUCUCCUUCACUCUCCCUGACCUCCCAACUUCUCUCAAGGAGAAAAUCAUCAGCCUCGAAAUCAUGGGCAUCGACUCCUCUCGAGCUCUCUCGCUAAACCCUGACCUCCGUGACGCAACUCCAGACUCCAUCCACUCCGUCAUCUCCUACCUUCAAUCCAAAGGCAUUCACCACAAGGACUUCGCCAGAAUCUUCGGCAUGUGCCCGAAAAUCCUAACCUCCAACGUCCGCUCCGAUCUGAUCCCGGUCUUCACUUUCCUCUCAAAAGACAUGAGAGUACCCGACAACAACUUUCGGAAAGUCAUCAACAAGUGCCCAAGGUUGCUCGUCUCAAGUGUUAGAGACCAGCUUCGGCCUGCGCUUAUUUACCUUAAGAGGCUGGGAUUCAAGGACACGGACGCAUUGGCGUAUCAAGAUACCGUGCUCCUGGUUUCUAGCGUGGAGAAGACUUUGGUUCCUAAGCUCGGGUAUUUGAUGGGGCUGGGGCUGACCAGAGAAGAGGCCGUGGGUAUGGUUCUGAGGUGCCCCGGGCUUUUUACUUUCAGCGUGGAGAAUAAUUUUAAGCCGAAGCACGAGUAUUUUGUGAAGGAGAUGGGAGGGAGUUUGGAGGAGUUGAAGGAGUUCCCACAGUACUUUGCUUUCAGUUUGGAGAAGAGGAUAAAGCCAAGAUAUCAAGAGACGAGGGAGAGAGGGGUUAAGAUGCCGUUGCCUGUGAUGCUGAAGAGCACUGAUGAGGAGUUUGACGAGAUGGUACAGAGGCAGCAAAGAUAAAGAGAUUUCAGUGCUGCUUGCAUAUGCUUCGGUUUGUAAAUAAACGUUGUUAUCUUUUGGGUAGGGAGUUAUGAAGAGGUAAGUUUGUUCAAUGUAAUUAUGAAACUGGCAUGUUACGUAGCAGUCACAGGUCAAGUAUAAAUAAUGGAGAUAUUACGGGGAUACUUAUUUGGAAUCA